AUGUGUUUUUCAGUAAACCAAGAAGAGUUCUUGGAGUACUCUUACAACCAAACUCUGAGAGCACCAAAAACUCCACAGCUCUUGGAUUUUAUGCCAAAUCUCCUGGCCACUAACCGCUCAGUCCUGUUUCUUGGUCACCGGGGAAGUUUAGACUUUCGCUCCCUGUACCUAGAUGAAUACCGUGACCGCCUAUUCAUUGGAGGAAAGGAUACCCUUUACUCGCUUCGGCUAGACCAAACCAAUAUGGAUGUUAAGGAGAUUUACUGGCCACCUCUUCCUGGGCAGAAAGAAGAAUGCUUCCGGAAAGGAAAGGACAUAGCGACGGAGUGUGCAAACUAUAUCCGAGUUCUUUAUCCUUUAAACCGGACUCAUCUCUUAGCUUGCGGGACUGGAGCUUUUCAUCCCAUCUGUGCUUUCAUCUAUGUGGGACACAGAGGAGAGCACAUGUUCAGCUUGGAUCCAACCAGUAUAGAAAGUGGCCGGGGCAGAUGUCCACAUGAGCCUAAUCGGGCGUUUGCAAGCACAUUUUUCAGUGGAGACUUGUACACGGGGCUAACAGCCGAUUUCUUGGGCAGGGACCCUGUGAUCUUCCGGACCAUGGGACAUCGCUCUUCUCUACGUACAGAGAUGGACCAGAGGCUGCUUAAUGCUCCCAAAUUUGUUGCUGCUUAUAUGAUCCCAGAGAAUGAUGAUCGGGACAAUGACAAAGUCUAUUUCUUCUUCACGGAGAAGGCAGCAGAGUCAGACAGCAAAGGACACGCCAUCUUCAGCCGUGUGGGCAGAAUCUGUGUGAAUGAUGCUGGUGGACAACGAGUGCUGGUCAACAAAUGGAGCACUUUCAACAAAGCCCGUCUUGUGUGUUCUGUUCCAGGACCAGAUGGCAUUGACACACACUUUGAUGAACUGGAGGACGUCUUUCUUCUGAGGGCUAAAGAUGGCAAGAAUCCCGAAGUCUAUGCACUGUUUAGCACUAUCAGCAAUGUCUUCCAAGGCUUCGCCAUCUGUGUCUAUCGUAUGGCAGACAUCUGGGAGGUUUUUAAUGGGCCAUUUGCUCAUAAAGAUGGUCCUGAUCAUCAGUGGGCAGCUUAUGAGGGCAAGGUGCCUUACCCAAGGCCAGGAGUUUGCCCCAGCAAAACCACCAACCAGCCAAGUCGUCAGUACUCCUCCACCAAAGACUACCCAGAUGAGGUACUGCAAUUUGCGCGUGCUCACCCCCUGAUGAGCAAAUCUGUGUAUCCACUACAACGGUGGCCUGUGCUGGUGAAAACCAAUCUGCAGCAUCGCCUACGGCAGAUUGUGGUGGACCGCGUGGAAGCUGAGGACGGGCAUUAUGAUGUCAUGUUCAUUGGCACAGAGGCUGGUUCCGUAUUGAAGGUCAUAGCCCUACAAAGAGGAAAUUUUGCUGCUGUUGAAGAAGUCGUUUUGGAAGAGCUUCAAGUGUUUAAGGUACCAGUCCCCAUCACUGAGAUGGAAAUUUCUGUGAAACGGCAAAUGCUUUACGUGGGCUCACGGGUCGGUGUGGCCCAAGUGAAACUGCAUCAGUGUGAGAUUUACGGGACCGCCUGUGCAGAAUGUUGCCUGGCACGGGACCCAUAUUGUGCCUGGGAUGGCCUCACUUGCACCAGAUACCAGGAAUCGGGCAAACGUCGCUUUCGCAGGCAAGACAUCCAGAAUGGGAAUCCCAUGCACCAGUGCCUGGAUCAAAACCUGACAGUGGAUGACUUUGACAGCACUGAGGAGAAGGUGGUGUAUGGGACGGAGCACAACAGUACCUUCUUAGAGUGUAUCCCCAAGUCACCCCAAGCUGCAGUGCAAUGGUUUGUACGCAGAUCUCCAGAGGAGCUCAGAGAUGAGGUGAAAACAGAUGAGCGGAUCAUGAAGACAGAGUACGGCUUGCUGUUUCGGAAACUCUUUCGUCAGGAUACUGGAACUUAUUACUGCAGGUCUCAGGAGCAGGGCUUUACUCAGACUGUCACCAAAAUCAUUUUGGAAGUGGUUGAGAAUGAGCAGCUGGAACAAAUUUUCCAGAGGGAGCAGGAGGAGGAGCUGCCUCGCCCUCCAUGCCGACUUCCCAAUCUCCGCUUGGUGCAGGGACAACGAUUGUGGUUCAAAGACAUCAUGCAUCUGAUCGGCUAUGGCAAUCUGCAGAGAGUGGAGGAGUACUGUGAGCGUGUGUGGUGCGGAGAUCGUGCUUCGUGGCAUAAAGGCAAACUCCCAAAGAGCAGGAACCUGCUGGAUGGUGGCAAAAAGGGAAGAGGCAAGCAGCCCGGUGACAGAAACCGGGUGCCCAGGCAAGCAGUAGCCGCUGAAGGGGAAAUGGAGCCAACUCUUGGCAAAAGCAUCCCGUAA